AUGCUUCCCCCGGCACUUAACAUCCCAAAAUGGCUCGAAGCCAACUCGCACCUUCUGAAACCACCAGUAAAUAACUACUGUGUCUACCACCCCUCGUCACCGGCGACAGCCGGGUACACGGUGAUGAUCGUCGGCGGGCCCAACGCGCGAACAGACUACCACAUCAACUCGACACCCGAGUUUUUCUACCAGUACCGGGGAUCAAUGCUUCUCAAGACUGUGGACGCUUCGACCUCACCACCCACGUUCCAAGACAUCCCUAUCCACGAAGGCUCGAUUUUCCUGCUUCCGGCGAAUACACCCCACUGCCCGGUGAGAUUUAAGGAUACAGUGGGUGUGGUAAUGGAGCAGCCGCGGGUGGAGGGCGCAGAGGAUAUUAUGAGGUGGUAUUGUAGAAAGUGCAAUGGGGUUGUAUGGGAAAAGCGUUUUGUGUGUACCGACCUUGGGACGCAGGUCAAGGACGUUGUGGAGGAGUUCGGUGCCGAUGAGGAAAAGCGGCGAUGCAAGGCGUGUGGUGAGGUUGCGGCAACCAGGUACGCGGAAGGAGAGUUGGUACAACCUCCUUCGUGCCCCGAAUGA